UCUUAACCCCGUGCGCAAAAGCACAGCGGGCUCUCUCCAGCAGGCGGAGACUUCUCCUCUCCGGACGCUUCGCCUUAUGCGCAAAUUCCCUGGUUCAUCCACUUUAAAAAACAACUUCCAAAACUUUCCCCGCUUUUGGCUGACGCCCCCCGGCUCUUGCAGCAUGCCGCGGCGGGAGGGCAACCGGACGCAGCUGAUUCCGGCUUGCUGACUGGAGCCUUUUGGGUUCCCCUCUCGGCGCCGACCCGGGGCGAAGGAAGGACGGAGGAGUGCGGCUGCUGCAGCCAUGGCCUCCCGCCCCUCCUCGUCCUCCUCCUGCAGGGCUUGUGGGGGCUUGUACAGCUUCCUCUUCGAGUACGACACCCCCCGGAUCGUUUCCAUCAAGAGCCGCAAAGUGGGGCUGAUGAACCGGCUGGUCCAGCUGGUGAUCUUGGCCUACGUGAUCGGCUGGGUGUUUGUGUGGGAAAAGGGCUAUCAGGAAACGGAUUCUGUUGUGAGUUCAGUAACCACAAAAGUGAAAGGCGUGGCUGUGACCAACACUUCGCAUUUGGGAUUCCGCAUCUGGGACGUGGCCGACUAUGUGAUUCCACCUCAGGGCGAGAAUGCUGUGUUCAUUAUGACGAACCUGAUUAUCACGUUGAAUCAAACACAAGAUCACUGUCCCGAGCUUCCAGAUAAGACUACAGUGUGUCACUCUGCAAAGGACUGCAAGCCGGGCUACGUUGGCACGCACAGCAACGGUGUGCAGACGGGGAAGUGUGUGAACUACAACACCACUGUCAGAACCUGUGAGAUCUUUGCUUGGUGUCCUGUGGAGGAGGAUGAGACGAUACCCAACCCUCCUUUCCUAAAGGAUGCCGCGAACUUCACCCUCCUUGUGAAGAACAGCAUCUGGUAUCCCAAGUUCAACUUCACCAAGAGAAACAUUCUCCCCACCAUCAAUAAAACAUACCUCAUGGACUGCAAAUACAACGCCGAGACCGACCCCUUUUGCCCGAUUUUCCGUCUCCGCAACAUGGUUGAAGCCGCAGGGCAGGAUUUCCAAGAGAUGGCCAUUGAGGGUGGAGUGAUGGGGCUGCAGAUCAAGUGGAACUGUAACCUGGACCAAGCCGCUUCCCGCUGUGUGCCAAGAUACAGUUUCCGUCGGAUUGACAAUAAGGAUUCUGCCCACACCGUGUCUCCAGGAUACAACUUCAGGUUUGCAAAAUAUUACCGGGCCGCUGACGGCGUAGAAUUCCGGACGCUUAUAAAGGCCUACGGCAUCCGCGUUGACAUCAUGGUCUUUGGAAAGGCAGGGAAAUUCGAUAUCAUUCCUACGAUGAUUAACAUUGGCUCUGGCUUGGCUCUCUUUGGCGUGGCCACGGUGCUGUGUGACAUCAUCGUCCUCUAUUUCAUGAAGAAAAGAUUUUAUUACCGAGAGAAGAAAUACAAAUAUGUUGAGGACUAUGACCUGGAGGCCAAUGCAUCUUAUGGAACCCAGGAGUAUGGAGGCAUCAAGUGACCUUCCAGAGUGCUGCUGUGAAGUCCCAUUAAUUUCAUAUACAGACUUGAAGCUUCUCUCCUCAGGCCUGGAUUGAACAGCCUUCUAACUUGCAGGCAAGAAGAAACUCGUGUUAAAAAUGCUCUCCAUCUUGCCGUCCGGAUGGACUCUGUUCAGUAUCGUUUCUCCGUCUUGAUGCCCGGAGAGAGUCUGGAGUACACACUAGAGCAGGCCUGCUCAACUGGGGCGCUGCUGCAGAUGUUGGUCUACAACUCCCAUAAUCCCUGGCUAUUGGCCACUGUGGCUGGGGAUUGUGGGAGUUGUAGUCCAAAAACAGCUGGGGGGGCCAAAGUUGAGCAGGCCUGCACUAGAGUAAUGGCUGUGGGGAUGGGGUUGUUCUAUAAUUAACUUUCUGUGAAAGUUUUAUUGUCUGGCAUUGCAGUGCUCUGAGGACGUGAUAAAUUGUACUAUGGAAAGCAAAUCUGAACUUGUCCCUUAUGUCUGUUUCCCCUCCCCACACACCAUCAUGUACCAAGGACUGUGAAUGAGGUAUGGGUGUGUGUCUGUAAAAUAUUCCUUAAACCCCUAGAAGCACCCAGCUGCCUUCUGGGUAAUCACAAAUCUCUUGCCACACCACAUCCCACUCCUUUUAGCCUUGUUGAAUUUUGGCCACAAUGUCUUCUGGGUUUUUCUCCCUCCCUGCCGAGCUGGGUACAAAUUGGGCAUAAGCAGGGGUAUUCUUAGAUGCCACCACUCUGCAAGUUCUGGAUUUCUUUUCCCUGCCCUAGGAACCCACCCAGUAGUAGUUCUGUUAAUUUAAAAACAAAAAAACCCACCUCUUCUUCUCGGGGGUAGGGAUGUGCAUGGAACCGGCAGAGGGUGGCUCCAGGGUUGCGCAUGCACACCUGAUACUUCUGGUCUGAUGAGGCUAUGGGGCAGCAGGAAGGAAUACUGCCGCCCUGCUGGACCCUCUUAAACUGCAGCGCCAGCAGGGAGAACAUGGCAGGAGGGGUAAGAGCACCCUCCCUUGCCCUUAAAGGUAUCUCUCCUCCUCCACCUUCGAACCGGCUCAAAUUCCGGUCCACAGAACCGGUUUGGUGCUCCUAGAAUGGAGCGCCGAACGAUUCCAUGCACAUCCCUACUCAGGGGCAGGGAAGAAGCCAUGUCAUUAACUGAACUGCUGUGCAAAAGUGUCCAUGAAUGCUGUGACUACUAGGCUUCAAUCCUUUCCUCCCAUUUUGCUCUGUUACAUUUAUUUCUGAAGGAAGGAUUAGUCAAAAGAAUCUGUCCAUCAAUAGAAUUUUUUAUUCUCUUGUGCACAUGAGCCCAAAAUGUUAUUUCAAAUGAAGAGUGCAGAGAGAGAAAAUCACAAACUGUAUCGGGGUUUUGUACGGCCUGCCUUGUGUGUCGCAACUGUGUGGGUAAGCUGGAAUGCAGCUUUGGCUGAAUAUUCAGUUUCCUGCAAAAAAACAUGACUCACCCCAGCAUCAACGAAGCUGGCUGUAGAACCUGUAGUGAAAUACUUGGUACUGCUUCAAGUUACAGAGGGGGUAGUUACAUGAUUGAAAGUCCCCAUGAUCUGAGAGGUUAAAAAAAAACAAACCCAAAUCCUAGUGUUUAUCAUGUACAGUUUAAGAGAAACUACUUUGAGUGUUCAACUUAUAUCCUGGUAAAGCUUGGGGGUUGGGGGAGAUACUGGGAAUGGGGCUUUUUUCAACAGUGACAUCAAGGCUCCCUCUUGGGAGAAGUUCAUUUUGCCUUCCGAAAUUGGUCACCUCAAAGCCCAUUGGAGUAGGGGGUGGUCCGUGUCCUGCACCUCACAUAGUGAGUGCUCUGUUAACAACCAUGUUCAACAAUAAAACACAAAAUCCCAGAUAUCAUUACCCCUCACUUUUUAUUUCUCUUUUUUCCACACUGAAGCCUCCCUGGAAAGAUACCUGCCUAUUUCUCCUUCAGUUCUGUCUUUUUUUUUUUAAAGGUAACUCAAAUGAUAAAUGCAUCAUAUUUAAACACCUGAUAAAAGUGGGCUGCAUAGUAGAAAGGAAUGGGGGCUAAAAUACAAGCCUCAGACACUUGUCAGUGUUAUAAAAACUAGCAGCUUUACAGAGCUCUGGCAGCACCACUAGACUGGAACAUAGGAAGCUGCCAUAUACUGAGUCAGUCCAUUGGUCUAUCUAGCUCAGUAUUGUCUUCACAGACUGGCAGCGGCUUCUCCAAGAUUGCAGGCAGGAAUCUCUCUCAGCCCUAUCUUGGAGAUGCCAGGGAGGGAACUUGGAACCUAGAUGCUCUUUCCAGAGCAGCUCCAUCCCCUGAGGGGGAAUCUCUUCCAGUGCUCACACUUCUAGUCUCCCUUUCAUAUGCAACCAGGGCAGACCCUGCUUAGCUAAGGGGACAAGUCAUGUUGCUACCACAAGACCAGCUCUUCUCUUUAAUGAUUUUAUCAGCAAGCUUUUAGCAUCCAGCAUUCCUGGUUGUGUUGACAUCAAGAGAGCCAGAGGGUUUCCAUAGAGAGAAUUAAAUAUGGUCCAGGCAUUCUCUCUUACAAUGGAGUCCAAAUUCCUGCUGUCCCAACCCUCGCCAUUUAGUUGAUUGAGUUAUACCCUGGGUAGCAGUUAAUGCAGCCCUUAAUUACAACAAGCAACCCACAGCACUUCAUCUUUGCUCCAAUGUACCCCUAAAAGGCAGGUUGAAUUAAAAAAAUAGCAUCUGCUUCAAGAAGAUACUUAAGUGAAGAGACUUUAGAGAAUGCCCAGGGGAAGGAAUCUGUAGCUGACGGUGCCAAAAUUGCUUCUCCGCAUCAAUGUUUGGUCCUGAUCUGGCAUGUUGGUGCUAAGAAGAAGCCAGUAGCCUGCUUGUCUACGUUAUAUAAAUAAUCAGGGUCCCACUGCUGCUUCAAGUCGAGUAGGCAUUUUCAUAUGACCUUGAUUAUUCUAAAGCUCCGCAAGGUUACAUCUACCCUUUUUGCUCAAAGAUGACUGAUGACUAGAACUGUUUUCCAAUGCUAGUAAAACCAGGACUGGGAGAAACUGGGGGAGUUAAAUUGAUUUAUUUGGGCUUCAAGUGGCUCUCCCCCUGCUCAAUAGAAGAGAAUCACCACUUUGAAAAUGGGCCUCUUUGCUCCGUUAGCAGGAGUUAAAAGCUGCAGUUUUUUCAGAAGAAAGCUGUUGGGAGAAAAGCCAUCAGCCACUUCAAGCCCAAAUAAACUGAUUUCGCUCCCACGAUUUCUCCCAGUCUUGGUUUUACUAACAUUACAAAGCAGUUCUAGUCAUCUUUGAGCAAAGAGGAAUUAUUAGGGAGAAGGAUAGAUGUAACCCUGCUAACUAAACAAAAGAGGCACCUUUUCAAAGUGGCGAUUCUCUUUAUUUAGCAGGGGGAGAGCAACUGGCCCUAUCCACCCCCCAGCACAGCAUCCCUCCAGUGGCUGUUGCUGGUGUCUAAUGUUUCUUUUCAAGGUUUUGAUCCAGUUGAGGACAGGGAGCCAUUUUAUUUAUAUCUAUGUAAACUGUUUUUGAAACUUUUGUUGAAAAGCGGUAUAUAGUAGAAGAUGUGAGGCUAGUAUUUCAGGUUACAUUUCCUGAUCCCAGCUUAUUGGUAUUUUUGUUUUUUAAAAAACAUUUUAUAACUUACAUUGGAGAGGAUUCCUCAGGGAGUAGCUAUUGUGCAGGAAUACAUACCUUGGUCCCAUUAAAAAAAGAAAAUAAGUCUUAGGAUAAGAAACUAGGAAAUAGUUACUUAGAUUUACAGGGAUCUGAAUAUUUGUUAACAGUGCAAUCUAUAUAUAUAUUGGUAACACCCCUUGAAGCCUAUUCAAAAACUGCAGAAGCUGUAGGUUAUUCUUUCAAAUGUAUUAAACUAUGUCACAUAGCAGGAA